UUCUCAAUCAUUAUAGACCAACAUGUCUGUCAAACUAAUCAUAAUCUUUGGUCUUCUACACAUACAUGUAUGUAGAGCGGGGGUCAUAAUUUCACCCGAGAUCACGACACCCUUACCAACCCCGAUUCCCGACCCAGAAUCGCUCCGGGGAGGAUGUGAGUACGAUGGAGACUAUUAUGAGCCCGGUAUCAUCCAAAAAAGCCUACAAGGUUCAUGUGAAUUGCUGGUAACCUGCGAGGAAGGAGGUGGUGUGUUAAUUAGUGACUCUGAUGGUUGUAUUCAGGACACAGUUAAUGAUAUAAGUACACCUGAUCCAGAGGUUAAAGGCGAAUCCCUCGUCUCUCCAACUACAGUACAAAUGUAACAGACACCAUUAAAUAUUCACAAAAA